UCAUCUGAUUUUGCACGAUUUUAUUUCGUUCCAAGUGCGGUUUGGUGAAAAGGGACAAGGGGAGUGCCCUGUUUGGUUCGUAAUAGCUAUCUAAGAAGGUUGGUGUUUUCUUCCUUCUUGGGUUGGGAUGUUUCUUUCAAAGGGUUGGAAGCAUGAAGUUGUUCUCAGCUUGUGGUUUUGCUGCCUUUUGCUACUGGUUGCUGCCCAGGAUCCAAUCACUCAUCCCAUUGAAUUUGACGCAUUGAAAACCAUCAAGGAAAGUUUGGUUGAUCCUAAUGGGAAUCUGAGCAACUGGGAUCGUGGAGAUCCAUGUAGAUCUAACUGGACAGGGGUUGUAUGCUAUAAUACAACAUUAGAUGAUGGCUUUCUCCACGUUCAAGAAUUGCAAUUACUGAAUAUGAAUCUUUCUGGAUUUUUGGCACCAGAUAUUGGCCGCCUGUCUUCUCUGAAAAUAUUGAGCUUUAUGUGGAACGACAUAAGGGGGACUAUCCCAAAGGAAAUUGGCAAUAUCCAGACGUUGGAUCUAUUGCUCUUGAAUGGUAACCAAUUAACAGGUCUUCUGCCGGAAGAGCUUGGUUAUUUUCCAAAAUUGAGAAGAUUUCAAAUUGAUGAAAACCAAAUAUCAGGACCUCUACCUGCCUCAUUUGCAAACCUGAAUGGGACAAAGCAUUUUCACAUGAACAACAAUUCAAUUAGUGGACAAAUCCCACCAGAGCUCGCCCGCUUGCCAAAUCUUAUUCAUCUUCUUCUUGACAACAACAACCUAUCUGGAUCUCUUCCUCCUGAGCUCUCCAAUAUGCCCAAUAUACUUGUAAUUCAACUCGAUAACAAUAAUUUCAGUGGAAACACCAUUCCAGAGUCUUACGCCAACAUGUCCAAAUUGUUGAAAUUGAGCCUUAGGAAUUGCAGCUUGCAAGGACCAGUUCCUGACUUUAGUCGGGCACCGAACAUUAGUUAUCUUGACCUCAGUUCCAAUCAAUUGAAUGGAUCGAUUCCUGCCAAUAAGCUUUCUGACAAUGUCACAACAAUUGAUUUAUCAAACAAUAAGCUUACUGGAGCUAUUCCAUCUUAUUUUUCUCGUCUCCCUCUUCUUCAGAGAUUGUCCAUUGGAAACAAUUCUUUGAAUGGCAGUAUUCCUGCUGCCAUCUGGCAGGACAAGACUUUAAAUGCAACGGACACUUUAAUCAUGGAAUUUCCAUAUAAUAAUUUUACAAGCAUAUCGGGCAGUAUUAACCUCCCUCCAAAUGUCUCACUCUGGCUUGAGGGAAAUCCUCUAUGUUCAAAUGCUAGCCUAGCUGAGUUCUGUGGACUAAAAGCCAAUGAUACAGAUACGAAGGUUUCGACAUACUUCAAUGGUAGCUGUAGUAAUAGGGCAUGCCCCCCACCUUAUGAACCUUCUCCAUCAUCUCCAGAAGAGUGUUAUUGUGCAGCCCCUUUGAUUGUUGAUUAUCGGCUGAAAAGUCCGGGAAUUUCAGCUUUUCCUUCUUAUGUAGAUUUAUUUGAGAACUAUAUGGCAACUGAACUCGAGUUAUUCAUGAAUCAACUAUACAUCGAUGCAUAUUUUUGGGAAAAUAGGAGACGACUGAGAAUGUUCUUGAAGCUUUAUCCUGUAUAUGAUGUUCAGAACCAAAGCUCACAUGUUUUCAAUAGAAGUGAGGUUCUAAGGCUAAGAAGCAUGUUCACAGGAUGGGGAAUUCCUAACCACGAUGUAUUCGGCCCGUAUGAACUACUUGGCUUCCAUCUCUGGAUCCUUACAGGGAUUGUAAAAACCUCUGAAGGAAGUUCAGGGAUAAGCAGGGGUGCACUGGUUGGCAUAAUAUUAGGGGCAAUUGCCUUUGCCCUUACAUUAUCGGCAAUUGUCAGUCUUUUUAUAUCCAGAAUGGUCAUGAGAGGCCGGCGUACAACAUCAAGACGACAUCAGACUUCAAAGGCUUCCAUAAAGAUUGAUGGUGUGAGGGCCUUUACAUAUGGAGAAAUGGCACAGGCCACAGACAAUUUUAGUAACACAGCAAAAAUUGGCCAAGGGGGUUAUGGGAAGGUUUACAAUGGUAUUCUUGUUGAUGGCACUGUGGUUGCCAUAAAGCGGGCACAGGAGGGAUCCCUGCAAGGUGAGAGGGAGUUCCUAACAGAAAUACAAUUACUAUCCCGGUUACACCAUCGUAACCUUGUGUCCUUGAUUGGAUACUGUGAUGAAGAAGGCGAACAGAUGCUGGUUUAUGAAUUUAUGUCAAAUGGGACACUUAGGGAUCACCUUUCUGCUCGUUCACAAGAACCUCUGAGUUUUGCUAUGAGAAUGAGGAUUGCACUAGGGUCAGCUAAAGGCAUUCUGUACCUACAUGCGGAAGCUGACCCGCCUAUAUUCCACCGAGAUGUCAAAGCUAGCAACAUAUUAUUAGAUUCAAAGUUCACAGCAAAAGUUGCUGAUUUUGGACUAUCAAAGCUGGCCCCUGUUCCAGACAUUGAAGGAGCUGUGCCAGCUCAUGUAUCUACAGUGGUAAAGGGGACCCCGGGUUACCUUGAUCCAGAGUACUUCUUAACUCAUAAACUGACUGACAAGAGUGAUGUUUACAGUCUUGGUGUUGUAUUUCUGGAGCUGCUGACAGGGAUGCAACCAAUCUCGCAUGGCAAAAAUAUUGUUAGAGAGGUUAAUGUUGCAUACCAAUCUGGUAUGACAUUCUCUGUCGUUGAUGGACGCAUGGGAUCUUGUUCUCCAGAGUGCAUUGAGAAAUUUUUGGAUCUGUCCUUACUGUGUUGCCAAGAUGAACCAGAUGCACGGCCUAAAAUGUCAGAAGUGGUCCGAGAGCUCGAAAACAUAUGGUCUAUGAUGCCUGAGGCUGAUACUAGGAGAGCUGAGCUUGAUACUAGGAGAGCUGAAUCUGUAACCCCUGGUAAUGAUUCUGGAACAAUGUUCAGUUCAUCUUCAUCUUCUGCUAUAAGGGCUUCCUAUGUAUCAUCAGACAUGUCAGGUAGUGACCUUAUCAGCGGGGUGGUACCGACCAUCCCGCCGAGAUAGAACCUGGUGAAACUAGCAGCAGCGGCAGCAAUGUAUGUAAUCUUAGAAUUCUGUGAUCCAGUGGAUUCAACAUAGACAUCUCAUACCAUGUUAUCUCUAGUUCUUUCUGUACAUUCUUUUGAAGCACAUUGUUGUGUAAAAUGAUUAUCUAUAUGGUGGCAUUUGGAUUUUGUAUGCUAAGACACUUCCU